AGAAAAUGGAUGUGUUGUAGUUUUAAAAAACGCGCGUGCCACUUAUGAAAUAUCCAAUUUUCGUUCCUACCUGGUUCUAGCAUCAUUCAUUGACAAGAAGGAUCAAGUACCCGAAGGUGGCUAAACUGCGGUACUGCGGUUGUAAUGACAGACCAACCGCAGCAAAUAAACAAACUUAAAAAUUAGUGAUUUUGUGUCUUCAAUUAAAUUGUCGUUUAUCUCUGUGUCAGUAGUAUUAAGUGCCAGAAUCUUAGUCUCGAGUUCGCUGAAUUUUACUGAAUAUCGUGCUUUUGCUUGCCGCCAUCGACACCUAUUUCGUUUAGGCAGAAUAGCGUUGAGGUUAAAUGGCUGGCUCUGUCUUGUCGAGUUCCCAUGUACUGACUUCGUGUACGGUUUAAUGGAAAAGCAAGCUAUUCAUUUUCUUACCUCCUUCCCCUUGUUAUGAUCAACUUGACAAAGUGAUAUCCUGGGAAGAUGCGCACUCCGGAUGUACUAGGUCUGCUGCGACCCCCCGCAGGCCGGACGUUUUGCUACCUCAUCUGCGGAAUCUUCAUCGGGUUCAGCUCGGCGUUCAUGCUGCUCUCCAUCUCGACCCAAAUGUCUUCAUUUGGUGAUUUCCUGAUUCCUCCAAGACCUGUACAUAAACACAGUGACAGCCAUGGACAUGGGCAGGACUCUGGUGAAAUGCUGCCUCACCCACGAGAGUUUGGUGCUCAUGGUGACGAUGAAGACUUCCACAAAGGUGAAGAUGUUGUGGCACGGAAACUGGCAGAGAAAGUCCGUGUUUUAUGUUGGAUUAUGACAUCUCCAGGAAAUCAUGAAAAGAAGGCUCGGCAUAUUAAAGCAACUUGGGGGAAGAGGUGCAAUAUACUGCUAUUUAUGAGCACAGCAAAUGACACAUCUCUCCCUUCUGUUGACCUUGGCAUAAAAGAGGGUAGAGAUUUUUUAUGGUCAAAGACUAAGGAAUCAUUUAAAUAUGUGUACAAGCAUUAUUUAGAUCAAGUAGAUUGGGUUAUGAAAGCAGAUGAUGAUACGUAUGUCAUCGUUGAAAAUUUGCGUUUCAUGCUCUCUGCUUAUAACCCAACCGACCCCAUAUAUUUGGGUUGCAGAUUCAAGCCGUUUGUUAAACAAGGGUAUAUGAGUGGUGGUGCAGGCUAUGUUUUAAGCAGAGAAGCAGUUCGUAGAUUUGUGGAAAUAGGAAUUCCCGACAAGGAUAAAUGUCGUCAGGAUCAUGGAGGGGCAGAGGAUGUGGAAAUUGGCAUAUGCUUAGAAAAGGUUGGUGUUAAAGCUGGAGAUUCUCGUGAUCCUCAAGGGAGAGGUAGAUUCUUUCCUUUUGUCCCGGAUCAUCAUAUCACAGUUGGACACGUAGACAAAAAUUUCUGGUACUGGAACUACAUUUAUUAUCCAGUCAAAGAGGGCUUGGAGUGCUGCUCAGAUAGUGCCAUAUCAUUCCACUAUGUUUCACCUCACCAGUUAUAUGUUCUGGAGUAUCUUAUUUAUCAUUUGAGGCCAUAUGGUAUCAACCAUUCAGUAGAUCUACCAACCGAGCAUGCUGCUGAAAAUUCAAGUGUAGUGCCUGCCUUGUCUUCAGCAAACUCAUCAACAUUUUCAUGACUAUCUGCUCUUUCUACCAUUAACAAAACAGAACUGGAGUUUUUGUAAACUUUGGAUGUGGAAUAUUAAACAUCCAAACUUGUUUACUUUUACAAGAAGACUUUAAAAAUACUUGUAAGAUAGGUAAGAAUUUCUGGUAGCUUGCUCACUUGAACAAAACUAAGACAAAGUUGUAAAUGAUGCUGUAUGUUGAGAGUUGAGAUUCUCUUGUAUAAUGUUCCUGUCAGGUUGCAUCAAUUAUUUGGAGCAUAUUUAAUACCAUAAGACUUAAUUUUUGUGACAGAGGUAGAUUUUCCCAGUGUACUAAAAUGCUAUUAAUGUGCAAGCUUUUCUGAAUUUUUAUCAUGUUCUAUUAUUGACAGAGAUUUUAAAAUUACUUCCAUUACUUUUUCUCACUAAAAAAAUCUGUCCUUAAGCAUUUUUUGUUUUCUUUCCCAAUGCUCAGUCUUAAUAUUUUAGUGACAAUGUAAUCUUUUGACAGUCCUAACCAUUCCGAGUUGGCAUUCCUUCACGUAAUGACCACAAUUGUGCUAUAGCAAAGUUAAUUUUUGUAUUGUAUUUUUUGUAAAGUCAGUUUUUACUUUUUCUGAUUGAUGACAUGAUGUAACUACUUCUACUAUUAUUAUUAUUAUUAUUUUUAUUUUAUUUACUAGUCAUUUAUACUUAUAUGAUUACCUGAAUUAUUUCUUUAAAAAUGAGUGUUCAGUUUAGGAUGAGCGAGACUUUCAUGCUUGAUUACUUUUCUCUGUUGUCAUAUGCUACUGCCCCUUCCUUUGAAAGAUACUGCAUUUUGAUCUCACUCAAACUUGGUUUGAAAAGUUGCCUGUAUGUUCCUGAAAUGCUCAUUGACUGGCUCAUGUUAAUUGUAACUGUCCAUUCAUGGCAUGUAAAAAUCAUUCUUCAAUCAUUUGUUUUUGUAGUAAUCACACUUCAAAGAGUUUUCACAUUUUUAUCAAUCAAAGAGAAGAGGUUGGGCAGAGAAAAACUCUUUUUAUUUUGCUUUUGUUAUGUCAGAGUUGUGAAUGAAUCUUUUGCUGGGUGUGUUCUUCAUUCUUUCUCUAUGGUUUCUUUUCUGUCUUUUAAUGUUCCAAAUGAGUAGGUAGUAAAUACUUAUGCUAACAUUUCAUUGCAUUUCACCCAAAGACUUUGGACCAAAGUGAACUUGUUAAGUUGCAUAUUUUAUAUCUUAUACUAUACAGGGUCUAACCCUUUUCUUUCUCAUUCUUCAGAGAUGCUCUAUUUUCUAAUACUAGGAGUUCCGUAUCUACUUAAAAUUUUUAUGCUGUAGUUCAUAGCAGACUACACAAACAUUCAUUGCUAUUGUUGAAACAUUUUAACAAUUCUAAAUUGUUUUUGUUAUGUGAUCAAUUUGUUGAAGUUGUUAAGAUGGGAGGGGAGGGGGAGGGGAGAAAUUAUACUGUGUCAUGUGAAAUAUUAUAUUACGUUUUAAAAAACGUUGCACUACCUUGAGACUCAGCACACGAAAUCUGCAUCGAAAGACUUUGUAAACUUCGGUAAGUGGCUGUUGAACAAAAAGUAUCUUCAUAGUUUUGCUGGAUUUUUCUGUAUCACACCUCAUUAAACUCGUCAUUCUAGACUUCUUUCCAUAUUUUUGAUCUUUUGGGAUCGAUAUUCUUAUUUAAAGUUGCUCUAGCAAUGAGUAUUGCUCUAGUCUCUGGCAAAAAGGCUACAAAUAUGUGUGAUAUAUCUGUAUUGUGUACUGUGUGUUCUGUUGACUGAGGUAAUCAUGAUUAGAUGUCACUUGCAAUAUUGUAAUAAUAAUGUAUGUGCCAUAUAAUCAAAUAAAACAAAUAUGUGGCAUGGUCCUGGAACCCAAGUCA